UGUAGGAUUUUACAUAGAUUCAAAAAUUCGAUUAUAUGCGUGAUUGGAAAUGGCUAAAGCAGAAGAACGUGACGUGAAUAGUGCGUAGAUAAAUCGCCGACGAGUGUGUUACACGAAAAUCCAACAUUCAGAAUAUAUUGUAAGACCUAAGUCGCUUUUUACUUACAUUAAACCGUAUGUAACAGCCGUUGGUAGGUAUAGCCGGUAUAGGUACAAGUUGUCGUUUUUUUUUUCUUAACAAUGAUGUUGACUGCUCCGACUAAUGUUGCAUCGAAAAAAUCACAAUGUAUAGCUCUCCUCGUACCCGUUUUCCUACCAGCAUUACACAUAAUGAUUUUAGAAAAAUUCUGGAGCGACUUUAACGUGAAUGUCAAUAAGGAACACUGUACGUGUUCCUGUUGGGACACGGUGUUCAAAGGUCCUUACGAAGCAGGUGUUGCUAGAUAUAAGCACAUGUACUUCAAUGCUACAGACAACACAUUUAAAAUUUGGGCGAUUACGGCAGUUUGCACAAUUGUGUUGUACGAAUGUGUGAAAAACAUUGUGAGACUAUGCAUCGACAAGCAGAUACGCUACAAAAUGAUGUUAUUGUUUAUUUUAUCGAUGUUCUCUCACUAUUACUCGUGGUGGUCAUUUGUUAACUAUUGGAACGAUGAUUUCUAUUCGCAAUGGAAUCAUCAGAUAUUCUUCACUGUAACUGAACUAUAUUCUACUGGUAUUCUGUACUUAAUAUGCGAUCGUAAAAAAGAAAUAAAGAAAUUCUAUUUGUUUUCUAUCAUUGCUGUAGGCUUAACACAUAUGUUAGCUGCUGGCUUUGAUCAGUUUGUUAUUAAUGUAAUUGGAGGAAGUGGAUUUGCACAUCAAGUGAUAAGAGAUCUCUUCUUGAUGAUACCAGAUAUAUUGAAUAUUAUUAUACCAUUAUUGGAAAUAAAAAAUCAAAGGUUAACCAUCAAAAAUCGCUACGCAGAUGAUCCAAGCAGUUUUAAAGAAAUAUUGUUACUAGUCAUAAUUGUAACUUCUGGGUUGAUAAUUGUUUCCUUACUUUAAUACAUAUUUAUUUAUUUUAACUAUUAAAUCCUAUGUUUAUAUUUAUGUUUGAUUGCCUUAAUACAAUACAAUUUGGUAACAUUUUGAUUGGUGCAUUUUUGUUUGAGGUAGUGCAAAAAAAAAGCCAUAAACAUUUAAAAACUACAUAUGUGACAUAAAUAAUUCUACAUCGUUUAACAU